GAAACUUAAUUCAAACGAACCAUGUGGCAGUACUGUUUUGGUAAACCUUGAAAUCAUAUGUUCAACAAAAAAAGUAACAAACACGCCGCCGUCAACUUUUGAUAAAGCAAUUACUAUUACCCCAUUGAUAAACAAUUGUAAUAAAAUGCCACUUACCGAUGAUGAAGUGGAAUCUGGAGAAAAGUUAAAUGUCGGCGAAAAUAGUUUUAAAAAAAUUGAAGAUAAAGCCACCAAGAUCGGCUAUGCAGAUGGAGUUGCUGGUGGUCGAGAUAGCGUUUUCCAAAAAGGUUUCGAUUUAGGCUAUAUGGAUGGACUCAAAACUGGCUUUGAAGUUGAAAAAAUUCGUAAUUUUUUCAAAACUCUAAACUUGGAUAAGUUAUCUGAAGGACACAACAUCAAUGGACUGAAAUCCGAAAAAGACCAAUUUGAAAAGCUUCAAGUCGAAGAAUCGAAAUCCCAAAAUCAUUUUCAAUAUCUACAUCGCAAAGAGGAAGAUCUUAAAAUUGUAUCACAAAGACAACAUGAAUAUGUUAACAAAAUGAUGGAUCAAUUUGCGCUCAAAAUACCAAUAACUUUUGCUUUAUUAAACGCGCAAGAGAGUACAAAUUAGUUUUGUUUUUAAUGGGAUUUUUAAAUUUUCCAUUUUAAUAAAAAUUAUAAUUUAAAGUUAAUUAGUUAUAUAUUUGCAUGUAAGGGAUGACAAGACAUUUAUAAAUAAAGUCCUUCGGGUGUGCCUUCUUUUUUACGAUAGAGCACGCUUUCUUUCGAUUUUUUGAAAUCUUCA